CUUUUUCCAGCGGUCGACUUUCUGGCCAGCAUCACCAGAGCGGGUCACCGUCCCUGCGUUCGCGAUGCUGCCUGCAUUGACCACCAAGCCAAAGCAACCGAUCAAACAGAUCCGAGGGCUGACGAACGACAGCAUUGACUCGUACGCGAACACUCCGGUUGGAAGCACGAAUGCAAACGUGACCACGACCACGUACAGCGACCUCACCGAACACGCGGGCAAAAAACAAAAGGCCAAGGAGGAAAGUGACGCCGCGAAUGACGACGGCGAUGGCACGACAGUAUGUGUUGUGGCCCGCGCAUUGCGCGACCGGAAACCAAAGUCUGACGAGGAGUUGACACUCAAGACUGGUGAUGUUCUGAACGUGUACUCGACCAAGAAGACGGGGUACUUGAAAUGCGAAUGCAAUGGAAAGACGGGAUACGUGCCGGCGUCGUACGUCGAGUUCCUGGACAAGGAGACGGGGGAACCGUCACCGCGCAAGUCGGGGAAGAAGAAAAAAUCCAAAAAGAAGUCAAAACGGAAGAAGGAUCGCGGAAGCGGGUCGUCGGAGGAAGUCGACGAAGACGAGCCCGACGACGAGGACGUUGGCCGCAAGAAGACGCGCGACAAGCACAGCAAGAAGAAAGAUGUGGACGACGACGUUGAAAGCGACGACGGCAAGGAGGAUAAUGACAACGGCGGCAGCCGAUCGAAAAAGUCCAAGAAGAAGCACUCCGCGCGAAAGUCGUCCAGGUCGCGGCGGAAGAAGCGGCACAGCAGUGACUCGAACAGCAGCGAUGACGACACGUCACGACGUAGACACCGCCGUCGACACCGGUCACGCCGUCGUCGAGGCCAUGACGACGAUGACGACGACUCGGAUAGCCCCCACAGUUCGGACGAAGACUCGGAAGAGGAGCGGCGUCGGCGCCGACGGGCGAAGAAGAAGGAGAACGAAGGAGUGGGUGGCAGUGACGACGAAGAGAGCGAUCGGGGAAGUCCAAAGAAGAAGACUGCUGCGCCGAAGGAGACCAGGGGCGACGAUCGACCGCAAGAGAAGCCCAAAACGACGGGGUCGGCCAAAAAUGAAUCGACGGAAGAGGAUAAAGAGAACGGGCAAUCACAGACCAGUGCGUCAACGAGUACCGCCGCGACUUCGACAAAGGACAAGCAAGAGCAACAGAUGUCUGCGCGGCGAAAGGACAACGAAGUGCGUGAAGAAACCACCACAAAAAGCAGCACAGCCACAACCGCCAGUAGUACUUCGAGCACCCCCAAGAGCACGAUUGGAAAGAUGCAGGACAAGAUGCGGUCCAUGUUGGGCAAAAAGACGGACGGGGCGUCGACGAAAAAGCCGGCUCGAGCGAAAACACAGAGCAAUGGCAUUCUCAACGCAUGUCCUGGAACGGUGCAGGGCGAAGAAGGCUGGUACGAGCACGGCGAGUGCGAGCGAUACUACUUUAUUCUGGUCGACGGCAAGUGGAGUUUGCUCUACGGCCCGAUGACAGACGACGACUUUGAGCUGUUUUGCAGCAAGGUCCUGGAGUACGACUUAAUGAUUGAGUUGCCCGCGACGCAUCUGCACAAGAGCGGGUACUAUCUGGACAAAGACUUCAAAGUGCGGCACAUUAAACCUUGAAAUAUGCGCAAGUGUUAAUACAUACGCGAUCCAGUACC